AUGUCAAAGCCUUCAAACCUUCUCCAAAGACCUUCUCCAAUAGUUGUUAAAAGGCAAAAAAACAAGAAGAUAACGUGCCUUGAGGAUCAUCUAACAAGACAAUUAUCAAAUUUCUCAAACGAAGCUUAUGAUGUAGGUCAAUCUGCAUCAGUUCCCUUCGUGUGGGAAUCUCAACCUGGUACUCCUAAGGUUAGACUCAGAGAAAAUUCUCUGCCUCCUCUUACCCCACCUCCAUCUUACUUCAAAAAUGCUACCGAAAACCCCACAAUCAAGGACAAGAAGAAUUCACCAAAAGCUAGUUUUUUGCAAACUAUAUUCCCCAAGCGCACUACAAGGAAAAGUUGUGUAAUUCCUCCACCACGUGAGUCUCCAUCUUUUUCCAAUUCUUCUUCUUCUUCGUCAUCAUCUUUGUCAUCAUCCUCAUCGAUGAGGCCAACAUCAUAUUCGGUGCCAUCUUCUCCCAUGGUACACUCGAGGAAAGUUGAAGAAGAUGAUGAAAAUCUGUAUGAUGUGCCCGGUAAUUCGAGUUUGUGCUUUGGCAAUGCCAGGUCACGAGGGUGCUAUUCAUCCAUGUUCAAGAAGGUGCUCCUUGGAGAUUUUGUGUAA